GCAUUCGCCAAUUUUGUCAACUUACAUGUACCCGUGAGACUCAUGACGGAAGGGGCCACGCAACUGGCUGAUGCGCGGAGAGGGAAGGAAUCGUACGUAUGCAGGUGGAUGCUGCCUCUCCACAUCUGCUUCGACAUGCGUGUACAAUUGCUAUAAAGGAAGUCUUUCAUCGACGCGUGGAUCAGCUUGAGCUUCCUGACUGGUAUGCCGCGGUUCUGUUCAUCUGUUGAUUGCGGGUGCCAAGUGCCGAUCACACUUGUUCUGGAUGAUUCUUCCUACACGCGCCUGUGCAUUCACAGGCAGCACGUGAUUUCGUGAGAGACAUCACCAAAUGGAACCGUUUUCCCACGAUGCCGGUGCCCGGUCCUCUUCCGUUCACAACGAUUUUUGUCGACUUCUUCCGCCUUCCGUUCGAUCUUCGGCGCCGCACUGCGAACCCGGACGCAGCAAAAGGUGCCCCGACUUCCGAAGCUGAAGUCUCAAAGAGCUCCGCGGUUCUCCCAGCACCUCUCUCGUCCUCUUCACCGCCUAUAGGUCCAUUUAACCCGCGACUUCCUUCCUCUUCUCUCUUCGCUCGCCCUUUUGUUUCUUCCUGGUCUGCAUCUACUUCCUGUGCUUCGUCACGGCCUUCUUCGUUGCCUUUCUCCUCCGCACUUUCAUCGCGUCCUUGCGAGUCAGGUUCUCCUCCUCCGAGUCCAUUGUCAUCCUACAGCAAGGGUGAGAGGGGAAAUAAACAGUUUGAGGAAAGAGAAGGAAAGACGCACGCAUACAGAGGGUCCAGCGAAGACGGCCAAGGGCCAGGCGAAGACGAUGAAGAGGGGAGAGACCGACACAUCCACCAGGGACGAGACAGCCCACAGGGGACCAGUGGUCCUUCAGUAGAUGGAAAAAGGAUUAGUGGGGGACUCGGAAUAGAGGAUGAGGGGAUUGGCGGGAAUGAAGAGUUCCACUUUUACUCGGACAAUCCGUGGGUCUUUCUUCUUUCUCACCUCCACACUGACCACAUCAGUGGCCUGCAUGGGCGAUGGCAAGAAGGCCGCAUCUUCUGCUCGCCAACAACGCGGCGUCUCCUUCUUCUUCGGUUUCCCAAUCUCGCUUCGCGCGUCGCCGCCCUCGGACUGCACCGAGUUUACAGCUUCUUCUUUCACUCAGGAGAAAGCCGGAAAGCGAAUACAGACGCUGCCCUUGAGGCAGACAGAGGCAGCUCUCUGCAUGUGUGCGGCGGAGGCAGAUGGAAGGGGGGCGCCGGCGUUCCGCGUCGAGACGGAGAAGACAGCUGCGCCUUUCCUGCGAUCCAGACGCCGCAUGCAGAGGGGCCUGUUAGCGACGAGAGCGAGAUUGAGUUCUCGAGGGAAGCGAAGCUCGAUUUAGACGAGACCAACGAGGCGAGUAGGGGAAGAGGAGGGGGCAGCGAGGGAGUGGAAAAAACCGCUCAUGGAGAAAGCGAAGGCCAUUUCAAGAGACCAGAUGGAUGCAGGACGCAUGAAGACGCGAUUUGCGUUCGGUUGAUGCUCCUAGACGCCCACCACUGUCCAGGCGCUGUGCUCUUCGUGCUUCAGUCACCGGCAUUUGGUGUGUAUGUACACACGGGGGACCUCAACUGCAACCCCGACACAGUGGACAAGAUCAUUCGCGACAUAAAAGGUGCGAUUUACGCGUUUCGUUGUAGGGAGGGGAACGUCCCGAGGCUCUGCUCGCUGACUUCGUCUGGCGAUAGCGAAAACGAAAGCCUUUUUUUUCUCCAUGAUGGAAAGGGAAAUGAUGCACAGCUUGUCUUGGAGAAAACCGUCUUUAGACCGGACGGUAAAUCGAGGGGACCCCCCUCCAUGCAAGGCUCGCCUACCUCCUCUCCUUCCUCGCAUUCUUCUGCUGCUGUCUCGUCUUCCUCCCGUUCUUCUUCCUCUCUUCCUCCUUCUGUCUCCGGUCUGUCUGUUAAGGCCUUUCAAGAGAAGCGAGGGGAGGCGUCUAACGUGUGUGGUUCUUCGAGCUUGAGCGAACACGUAGAUCAUUUGUUUCUCGACAACACCUAUCUUCACCCUGUUUUUGAUUUCUCCGCUUCCCAAGAUAGCUUCUGCCGCCUCGUUUCCUCGAUACGCUCCAUUCUUUGCAUCGUCUCGUCGCGAGGCACAGCACACAACAGACAGACGCGUCGAACGUUCCCCACUGACCUUCCCUCCCCCGCUGACUUCUCGUCUCCAGUUUCUUCUUCCUCUUCUUCCUCUUCUUCCUCUCCUUGCCUCUGGCUUUUGGUUGGGACGGACUCGCUGGGGAAGGAGGACAUGCUGGUGUCUCUCUCGCAGAAGCUGGGAGUUCCGAUUGGCGUCUCCGUCGCCCGGUUCGAAGCGAUGAAAGUGUAUGUAGAGCCCGCGGUUCUGUCUGCGCACUUCCGGCGAGGGCUGCCCACAGACCUCGAGAAGGCGCUAGCCUGUCAGACUCUCACGUUUCCUCCGCAGCGAUCGACUCGGACCGCCUGCAAAGCGAGGCCGCUGCCUGUACAGGCCCUGUCGAGAGACGCCGAGUCGACACCCCGUGUCUCGACGGCACAGACGGGCCUUUGGGGCUGCUGCCCGUGCUCUCCUUGCCUCGUAUGCCCCUCUUGCCAGGCGGCGGAGACACCGCAGCGCCAAGGAAAAUGUGACAGAACGGCAACUGAGGAAGAACUCAGGAAAGCAGGGAGGAAAAAAACUCGAACAGACGGAGGAGGGAUACGCGAAGGAGAAAGAAGUGGAUCUGGAGGUGAAGGCGGGAGCGCGAGUGGAGAGGAGGAGGGAGAGGAGAGAGAAGGAGACAUGGAGGACGAAGGAGAGGAGGGAGGAGCGCCAGAAGGAGAAGAACAGAGGCAAUUGAGCGACGAAGACGGGACAAAUGUGCCUCUUCAGAGAGGCGAGCAGAAAUGGAAGAAAGACAGGAAGACAGAGGGGCACCGACUGCAAGUGUUUGGUGUGAGCCGCCACCUGCUGCGCCGUAGUGUCACAUGCCUUCACAACCAGUGGAAAUCUGCGGCGUACAGGCACCGGAGCGCCGCUCGGCACCGGCGAAGGGAAGUGGGGAAUGAGCACCAGGCUGACGAAGAGAUCCUCUCGCGAACCGUCGUGGGCGUUUUCUGUUCAGGUUGGACAAGCAGGAGCGCACAGCAAGACGCGCCUGCCUCUCUGAAGUUCCUCUAUCAUCGCUCAAGUCAUUCGGCGGAAGAUGAGAAUGAGCCGCUCUUCCUCUCUCUUCUCCACUCUUCUCAUUCCGACUUCUUUCAUCUCUGCCGUUUGACUCUCGCCCUGCAACCGGAAACUGUCUCUCUCCUCUCUCCAGUCCCAUGUCCGUACACCCGAGAAAGGCGGCUGUCUAUGCGUGCGAGAUUCGCUUCCCACGCAACAGUCGACCCGGGAUGCACUGCCGCACACUCAAGGUUUCCUUUUCUUGGCCCCUCCACGAACGUCAAUUCUUCCAUGAGCAAUUCUUCGCCUGCUUAUUCACAAUCUUCUUCUCUUCCCCUUGCGCCUUCAGGGAGUCGCUCUCUGCAGCUGAUCGGAGGCUGUGAACUGAGUGAGACUCCGAAUAGAAGCCGACUGGAGCUGGCGGCAUCACUGCCCGAGAGAGAAGUGGCAGGCAGUCUGGCUCUGACUGUGGGCGACUUGAUCAUGGAAGAUGAGUUUCUUCAAGAGUUGACCCAGGAGGCGCAGGAGUCUGCCUCGCCCUCAAGAGGAGAGGUUUCGCUGAUGGCCUCUUCCUCAGGAGAAAAGGUGACAUUCGAAAUGCCUAACUCAUCUCCAUUUCAUUUUUAUCCUUCCUCUCCCCCGUCCUCCUUACCACUUCCUGUUCCAUCUCCUCUCGGUUUCUCUUCUCCCUCCCCUUCGUCGACCUCUCGGCCUCUCGCUUCUUCAUCGUCGUCCUCUUCACUUCCUGCCUCUGGAUUGUCUCCUUCUUCCUCUUCUUCCCUUUCUUUCUCCUCUGAUUCUUCCUCUCGCAAUGUUUCCGUUUCCUCUUCCUCUCGUUAUUCUUCCUCUUCUUCUCCCCUUUAUUCUUCCUCUUCAAAUGGUGGCGCACAGCUGAAGGCGUACGACGGCGACGAAGGCUUGCAGCUGUUCAUGGAGGUUUGCGGCGUUCCCUCUGUCUUUCUGGCUGCUGGUCGCGCAUGCACUUCGUCUUAUGGAUCUCGACAGAAAGGGAGACCUCUUUGUUCAUCGAGAAGCCGAGCUCUCGCAGCGAGGCAAAGGCCCCGCGGCAGUGGCCAAGAAGCGGAUCUUUUUCUCUGUCCGCGCCAUGGCGCUUUGGCGGCGAAGCAGCACGAGUUGUUGGACCGCGAAGGCGGCGCUGAGCCCCUCCCGCGAGCGUUCGUCCAUUGUAUAGAGACCGAGACGACCUUGCCGUUUCGCUCCGCAGGCGACCGAGACUCGGAAAGUAAGCACACCUGUGCACUCACCAGACAGGAGGCUACGUUUCUCGAUUCCCCGCCAGAAACGAGAGCCUGGAGCGAAGACAGACGAAGACGUGUUCGGACGGAGAACGGGGUCGAAGUGGCGAUUGGCGAAAGAUCCGGAGGCGACGCCAGCGUCGGCUGUCUAGACACCUCAGCCGCGGGGCUUGGCAAGAAGGCGAAGACCAAGGAGUUUCCGUCUGAGGGAUUUUUGGUGUCUUCCUUCUUCAUGAACACAAAACAACAGUGCAGAGAAAUGCGGGGAGCGAGGCGGAAGGAGCCUUCUGUUUGUCCAGCGUUCACAGGUUCUCUAUCAGAGCAUAAGGAAAACAGUGCUCUGUGGAACGCGAAGUCGUUCGCGACUCUCAGCGCUUCCAGAGGCGAAGCCGAAGAAGACGUUCUCUGCGAAGAAGAACAUGUUCAGCUUCUCUCGGUGGUUAGAAAACAAGACGUGAAAGAACGAGGACAGACAGGGAGAGAUGAAAAAGAGAGCAACGAGAAAGAGAGAGAAGAAGGGAGAGAAACAGGGAAGGGAUCGAGGUCCGUGGUUCCUCCUCGAAAAUUCGUCAGUCGGCCCGUGCAGGGUAAAGGCCUUCUCAGGAAAAAGUGAAGGAAACGUUUCUGUCUCCAGUCGUCCACCUGUUCGACUCUUUUGCCGUGUGAAAAUCAGGGAAAACUGAAAUCCUUUCUUGUCACUGCCGCGCUGCUUUGGCUGUCCCCCUUCCAACGAAAAGACUACACGCAAUCACGUCGAGUAUGCAAAUGGGACAUCACAGCUACAUGCACUGACACACAUGUAAAUACAUAAAUAUAUAAAUGUGUGGAUCUGUAUAUUUUUACAUAUAAUGUAAGUAUAUAUAGAUGUGCCUACGUACGUCUACGUGUACGUAUUUAUACAUGUAUGCAUAUAUAUAUAUAUAUGUAUUUGUAUUUAGAGUUGCAGGUAUGUGUGCCAGUGUGCCACUAUGCGUUACAAUACGUCAACACAUGCGUGUAUAUCUGAUUGUCUCCAUGGUGCACAUGGAGCAUGGAGUGAGCUGUUUAGUCGGG